UAGCCCCCAAGUGAUGUGAGAACAGACUCUCCAUGAAUGCGCAUAUUCUUUAAAAGUUCCCAGGGUAUUUUUCUCUAGUGGUUGAGUUACAAAACUGGGUCCCAAACCUAUCAAAUAGCAAUUAUACAUAUACAUUUUCAGUAGGAUGCUAGAAACCUUUAAAUACAGCAGUUGUUAUGGUACUGUAAAAGCAAGACAUUACAGUUUGGAGUAAAUAGGUAACUUAAAUACCAAAAGUAUAUAAAUGCAUAGUCAGGAAUAUUAUUUUCAAAAUUGCAUGGUUAUUGAUCUCCACAUUGAUAUAGACAUUGUUACUUAUUUUCUCCGGCUGUUUUCCCUUCUCUUUUCACCCUUCCCUUUCUAGCCCACUAGUAAGGUAAAAUAGAUGAACUUGCUUAGUAAUUCACAUCCUUUUCUUUCUUCCUUUACAUAAAGACUUGGAAGUUAGCUUGAUCCCUGAAGGACAGGUAGGAUUGAUUACUUGAGAAAAGCCAAAUGGUAUAUCAGUUAGGAGGAAGAGUGUGCUCAAUGCUUGGAACAUGAGAACAGUUGAGAAGUCCAUAUUGGCUAAAGCAGGGUAGGAAGUAGAGAGAGAAUCAGUCCUCGACAAAUGUCGGAUGUCAGGCUGAAGUGUGAAUACGAGACAAUGAGGAAUCAUUGAAGUUUUUUAAGUGGAGAAUCACAUUCAGAAACUGCCAUUCUAGAAGAUUCAUCUGACAGCAGAGACAGGAACAGAUGGAAAUGGAGAGAGACACAGAGGGAUCUGAAGAAUUGGCUUACAUUAUUGUACAGGCCAGCAAGUCCAAAUCUGGGUUGAUUGAACAACAGGCUGGAAACACAGCAACAUCAAGGCUGGCACUUGACCAAAUAUCUGGAUGCCAUAGCACACCCAAGUUAGCACAUAAAACUAACCAUCACAGUUUUUCACUCCUGGUUUUUCUGGCCACUGCGUUCACUUGGGAUCUACUAAGAGCCAUUAUCUAUGCAGGCCAAGACCGAGUCUCCAAGUCUCUGCCAUCUAGUGGCCAUAGUGAAGAAAUACUGGUUUUCUACACAGCUUUAAAUGUACAAAUGUUGAUCACUAGAUUUUUAGGACUGAAAUGGAACUUAAAGAAGUCAUCAAGCCUGUCCUCAAUAUUUCUGAGCUCAGCAGCAUUCCAGGAGAUAAUAUUGUCAUCUAAAGUACCAACAAAUAUGGACUUCAGCUUCCCUAUGCUCUCUUUGCUGCAGGGAAAGUACUGGGUGCUCAUUUGGUCAGCAUUCCAACAUGCCUCCUACAGCUACCUCUCUCUUGGCUUCUACUUUCUCACCAACCCUGUGGCUCUGGAGGAGGUGGGCCACUUCUUCCUGGAGUGGGCAGAGAAGCGUGAGGGUGCUGAAUGCCUCUUGAAGAUGCAAAACCAGCCCAGUGACCACUCCCUCUUCCAGCAUGGGCAGAAGCCAUUACAAAAUGGGUAGAGUAAAAUCCUGGACACCAUAGAACUGCCAUGGCUCUGGGGAAGAAUAUGAACCAAGCUCUUUCGGAUCUGCAUGCCCUGGGGUCUGCCUCUAUAGACAACCAUCUCUGUGAACGCCUGGAGAACCACUUCCUGGAUGAAGAGGUAAAACUUAUCAAGAAGAUGGGGGGUGAUCACCUGACUCACCUCAGCAGGCUGCCCGGGGCCGCAGGCUGGGCUGGGCAUGUAUCUCUCUAAAAGGCUCACCCUCAAGCAUGACUAGGAACCUCUGAACCCAGUUGCCUUUGAGGGACCCCUCUGGCUUCCCCCUGGUGUCAGUGCUCCUGCCUGAACAUCCCCCCACAUCCACUAGGCAGCUUUUUAACCACCCUGGAGUCCUCUCCCAACCUGUGGACCAAAUA